AUGUCGAGUACACCGGACGACAAGCCCCAGCGGGCCACAGCUGCGCAACUAGCGGCUCGGAGAAUCAAGGACGUUCGCAGGCGGCCGCGUGCUGGCACGCCGUCAAGUAGCGCGGGUGCUUCGUUUGGCACGCCGUUUAGUUCGCUUGAUCCUAACACUGUUUCCUCACCACCUGCUGCUCAACAGCCGAUGACAAACGGCUUCAGUUUUGGACAAUCACAAAGUUUCCCUCCGGCUAGCCCAACCCCCAAACCGCCAGCUCAGAACGGAGGAUCACAGUUCGCAUUCGGGUCUGGAGGGGGUUCGUCGGCUUUCAAUUUCUCUGCUUCGUUUGGAGGGACAGCAUCAACACCUGCUAGUAAUCCCUUCGCAUCCAUGAAUACCGGCGCCGUUAGUCAACAGCCGCAAGCGAGCAGUUUCACAGGCUUCAAAGGCAACAUGUUCAAUGUUCCUUCGACUGGAAGCCAAUCACCCGCCCAGCAACCUCUGCCUUCUGGGGGACUUUUUGGUGCUGGGCCUCAGCAGAGCGGCCCUACUGGAGGUUUGUUCGGUAGCACCGCCAAUGGCGGAUUUUCGUCUCAACCCGCCACAACUGCGCCAACGAAUGGAAGUAUUUUCGGCCAGCCCACCACCGGUGGCUCCUCGUCAAACCUCUUCGCCCAAUCUGGGGCGGACAAGCCUAAUCCCUUUCCGCAGUCUGCGUCAUUCGGCGAUGACUCAAUGCAGACCUCUCCAGAUUCUAAGUCUGUACCGCAAAAAUCGUCAAUAUUCGGCGGCGGAAGUGGCGGCUUUGGGGCUUCGACGAGCUUCGGCGCCUCUGGAACAAGUAACCUCUUUGGGGGUACGGCUGCGGCGCCGGCUCAGACUCCAUCUAAACCCUUGUUUGGAGCGAAGCCAGCAGAGCAGACCGCUCCUGCAACGCCCUCUCUGUUUGGCGCUUCUACUCAACCUACUCCCUCGACUUCUGCUGCGUCGUCUUCCAGUGCCGCACCACUGACAACUAGCACUACCUCAUCUUCGCUCUUCAGCACAUCGGCUCCGAAGACUGCAACAGCGGGACAGAAUCCCUUUCAACCCGCGAGCUUCUUUGGUGCAACUACUCCAUCUACCACGCAGAAACCUACAGAGGCAAAAGCCAAAGAAGAGGCAAAGCCGAGCGACUCCACCCCGUCUAAACCAUCGUUCAACUUUUCUUCUACAACCUCUGGGCCGUCGUUGUUUUCUCAGAGUGCCACCGCGGCGCCAACUCAGCCUAAUGGCGCAUCACAGCCUGUGUCAGCGGGAAGUCUGUUUGCCUCUCAACCUGCGAAACCUGCGUCUUCAGCAGAAUCAGAAAAGCCAAAGCCUGAUGGAGUCAAUCCCUUCAAUACCCUGUUCCAAAAACCAGCAGCUCCAGCUGCAGAAAGCCCCAAGACGGAGCAGAAACCACUCACAUCUUCGAGCUUAUUUGCUCCAAAGCCUGCGCCCAGCGAUGUCGCAAAGACAAAUGAGCCUUUCAAAGCAGCUACUUCUGCAUCGCCUUUCUCCGCUUCCACGCUUGCCCAACCUUCGUCGCCUACCCCCCAGUCUCCUGCUUUCUCAUUCUCUGCCCCGAAGGCGACCUCUUCCGCACCCGCGCCCGCAUCUGCUCCCGCUUCCGCUUCAGAAAGUCCCUUCAAGUUUAACGGAUCUCAGUCUGACGUCGCGCCUCCGUCGCUAUUGUCGGCUCCUAGUACCUCGACUUUGAACUUUGAACAGCUUCAGCCUGCGAAGCUGCCAUCUGGCUUGGAUAAACAUACCAAGGAAGGCGUGGAAAUGGCACACCGCGUGCGACUUCUAAACGAGUGUUUCCAGCGUGAAGUAACAAAGCUGGAUGCUAAGACUAACGACUUCGAUCACCUUCUGCAGUUCUACCUGCGUGUGCGCGAGACAAUUGGUGCUCCAGUUGAGGGGGCCGGUACUAAGCGCAAAGCUCCCAUUGACACUAAUGGUGCUUUGGAUGUCCAGUCCCCUAAAAAGGUUAAAACAUUUGGCAGUGGAAGCUCGAACCCUGCUGCCGCUUUGCCAAGCAAUACGGCAUCAUCCCAACCCUUCAACGGAAGCCAGAAUACUCCUGCAAGCAGUAACAAAAGAAAGGCGGCUGAAGAUAACGAUGGCGAUUCUUCGUCUCCUUCAAAACGCACUAAUGGGGACUCCACAACUGCCAGCAUUUUCGCAAGCUCCUUUUCCCGCUCCAGAACUUCGGAUUCCGACGAAGCAACAGGUACUCCAUCUUUCAAGAAGCAUGAUGCUUCGUCUUUGCGACCGUCCACCCCAGAAUCGCCCAAACCUAGCAUGCUCUCUACGACGCCGAAAACUUCCCCUCCAAAGCCCGCAUUCUCUGCAUCCACACUUCCCAAGGAGACUUCAACUUUGAGUGCAAGCCCAUCUCAAUCUCCGUCUACCUUUAAACCUUCCUUCACUGCAUCAGCAACCGGUGCCCCUUCUGCAAGUCCAUUCGUCAUCAAACCUUCAACUGGUGUGGGCGCUAGUACUUCGGCGGCACCCCUGGCUGUUCCUAAGUUUGGUUCUGGCGUUUCUGGCAAUUUCUUGAGCCAGUUCAAGGCUCAGUCUGACAAGGAAGCUGAGAAGGAGAAGGAGAAGCGCAAGGCCGAAGAGUUUGAUUCGGACGAAGAUGACGAGGCAGAGUGGGCACGCCAAGAUGCCGAAAAGCAACGCAAAAAGCGCGAGGAAAUUGAAGCGCAACAGAACCGACGUGCCAAAUUCGUCCCUGGACAAGGAUUUUCGUUUGAGGACGACACUACGGAAGAAGAAAAGUCGAACGCAAGCGUUACCUCGUCAAUUCUGGAUUCUCAGCCCAACUCUUUUUCAACGUCUACCAAUAUUUUUGGUAAUCUGUCCGCGGUUCCUUCGGAGAACGAACACGAUGAUGCUGCUGAUGACACUGAAGAAGACUCUGUCUCCGGUGAUGACGAUGCCACCGAAGAAUCAUCUUUUGCGCCAACGAAAGGGCCUGAGACAGGCACAACGGCCCCCAAGGUAAAUGGUAACUCUCAGUCACCUGCUCCCGAAAGCAGUGACGAAGGGGAUUUCACAAAGGUUUUAGAGAAAUCAAAGCAGUCCGGGCAGACCGCUAAAGACAAGAGUUCUGGUGGCCGCAGCAUGUUCGAUCGCGUGGAGUAUGACAAGGACGGAAAGCCGAAGCGCCAGGGUGGAGAAGAUAAAACUUCUUCUGCGCUUUUCGGCUCCUCGAACUUGUCAUCGUCGUUCAAUAGUUCGGCGUCUACUCCGAACCCAUUCGCUUCGUUGUCCCAGUCUCAGGCUGAGAAAUCUGGCGAGAGCACUCCUAAGCCUGCAUCCAGCAACCCUUUUAGUAGUCUUUCGACGCCCGCCAAUAAUCCUUUCGGAGGCUCGACCUCUGCUACGCCCGGUGGAAGCACCGCUUCAAUUUUCGCCACUGGAUCCAGCGCCACGAAGCCUGGUAGCGAUAACACCUGGAAACCGAGCUCUCCUAUUACAUUUGCAUCGACACCUGCACAGGGCUCAGUCGCAUCGGCCCAGUCUGAAACUGGAUCUGCCGCCCCGGCUUCUGGUGCUUCCCUCAACUUCCAAACUCUAUUUGGAGCUCCGUCCGCAGGUGCUAACUCUGGCUCAAAUGGUACCCAAGGGACCGCUGGCUUCUCGUUCGGCGGUCCUUCCCAGACGCAAUCCACGCUCUUGACCCCGUCUGUGCUCACUUCGGCAUCGCAAAGCCGCGCCUCGACUCCGGGAAUGACUUCUGAUACUGGUGCUGAAGACUCUAACGACGGCGAUAUUCCCAAAGAUGAACCCCAGGUUGAUCUUGCUCGAGGCGGCGCUGGCGAAGAGGACGAAGACAUGGUCAUUGAGACCCGAGCACGUGGCCUGAAGCUGGUUGACGGUGCCUGGGUAAGCCAAGGUGUGGGCUUCCUUCGCAUCUUGAAGAACCGAACCACGUCCCGCAGCCGUAUUCUCCUUCGAGCCGAUCCCAGCGGAAACGUGGUGUUGAACACCCACUUGAUGAAAGAGAUCAAGUACACUGUGAAUGGAACAAGCAUACAGUUCCUUGUUCCUAAAGCCGAAGGCGCUCCUGACAUGUGGGCUUUGCGCCUCAAAGCCGCCGAAAUGCCCAAACUCGGCACCGCCAUUGAGGAAAACAAAUCAUAA